AUGUGGAACCAGUGAGCAGCGUGUCCGCGAUCUAGCCGGAGUUGUUUUCCGGUUACACAGAACCGUGGAGACCGAGCAUAAAUAUAAAAGAAUCGGUCUACGGAUUAAAAAUGUCAACGAAACAAGUGACCUGCAGAUAUUUCCUCCAUGGUGUUUGUCGAGAGGGCAGCAGAUGCAUGUUCUCUCAUGAUCUGAACACAAGCAAACCUUCAACUAUCUGUAAAUACUAUCAGAGAGGAGUUUGUGCUUACGGAGAACGAUGCAGAUAUGACCACAUCAAACCAUCUGGCCGUGGCAGCGGCCCACCGGCUGACAACACUACCAGAGCCAGCACGGCGGGAGUGCCAGUGCCAGAACCCGGACCACCAUCAAACUUGACGAAACAUGUCAAGAAACCCCUAGUGUUGAGAGACAAAGUCUUUUGUCAUUUCAUUUAUUUAUGUAGUUUUUUUUUGUUUCGUGUACAAUUGUUUAUUCCUGUGAUAGCUCUGGGUUGUGACAGCAGAGGUCAGGCAUACAGCGGAGGAGAAAGCACAGAGUGCUGGGACUACAGAGACGACAGCGCUCACGGCAAGCCGCACACUUACCUAGAUGCCAUCCGCACAGGUUUGGAGAGUUCAGCCUCUGCCAGCGCCUAUCCAGACGUGAGCCAGCUCCCUCAGCUCUGCCCGUACAUGGCUGCGGGCCAGUGUCACUAUGGAGACAGCUGCCCGUAUCUGCAUGGCGACAUGUGCGAAAUAUGUCGCCUGCAGGUUCUGCAUCCACACGACCCUGAGCAAAGAGCAGCCCAUGAAAAGAUGUGUAUGAUGGCAUUUGAGAUGGACAUGGAGAAAGCGUUCGCGGUCCAGCACAGUCAGGACAAGCAGUGCACCAUUUGUAUGGAGGUGGUGUAUGAGAAAGUGUCUCCAUCAGAGCGACGCUUCGGCAUUCUCUCCAGCUGCUGUCACACGUACUGUUUGAGCUGCAUCCGUCAGUGGCGCUGUGUCGAGCAGUUCACCAAUCAGAUCCGCAAGUCUUGUCCAGAGUGUCGUGUGGUUUCUGAGUUUGUCAUACCCAGUAUGUACUGGGUGGAGGAUCAGGACGAAAAGAAUCGGCUCAUUGAAGAGUUCAAGUCUGGGGUCAGUAAGAAGCCGUGUAAAUACUUUGAUCAGGGCAGAGGGGCGUGUCCAUUUGGAGGAAAGUGUUUCUACAUGCACGCCUACGCCGAUGGGACACUGGCAGAACCUGACAAACCACGCAAACAGCUCAGCGCUGAGGGCAGCGUCCGGUUUCUUAAUUCGGUGCGUCUGUGGGACUUCAUAGAGGAGCGUGAGCACCGCGGUGUACCUCAGCAUGAGGAUGAGGUGAAUGAACUGGGUGAACUGUUCAUGCAGCUGUCAGGAGCCGGAGACGAGAGCGCCUCUUCAGCAUCACAUUGAUUACAUCACACACACACGGAUGCUCUUAGGUACCGGGUUCAAUACCCAGGCAAUAAAAAAUUAUUGGCAGGUUAACGUUUCACGUUUACAUUCGAGAUGGUUUCCUAAGAAAACAUUUUUCUAAGUGGUUGGUUCUUGUGCAAAAGCAUAUACUAUAUGAGUAUAUAACAAAUAUAAAGCACCUGUAUCAUGUCUGUAGGCUGCUAUAUUCUGCAUAAGGAUUGAAUAAAUUGUUUUAUUUAAUGCCCAAAGAUGAUUGUAUGCUCAAAAGAAAAAUGGAACUAAAAAUCGGUUUGGCACAUUUUACAAGCACUUGAAAAGUGUAUGAAGUUUAAUAAAGGAAUAUUGUUAUAGUGAAAAAAAUUAACUGUUGGACUUUGUUCAUAUAAUAUGUAUACAUUAUUACUUUUGGGCAACAUGCAAUAUAUUACUGUGAUUUAACAAACACUUUGUAACUGUUUAUUCAUUGCAGACAAAUGGAAAUGUCUAUAUUUUUAGGGCCGUUUGGGUAUAGAUGAUUCAUUUUGGAGCUAAUAUCAUAGUACUGAAUUUCACUCCUCUAGUUUACUCUUAAACCUGAUCUCAUAUGAGUUCUUAUAUAUUCUGUUUUAUGAAUUGUAUUGUAGAGUGACACUGGACCGAGUGUAAUAAACCAUUAGUGUUGAA